AUGCUCUUCAUGCGCUCAUCACAUCGACAGACAGACGAAGAGCAGCAGGGGGCCCCCAGGGGGGCCCCCAAAGGGAUGCAAGGCCCCUUUCGCAGUGCUAAUGCAGGAGCUUCAAACUCUGGAGGGUUUGGAGGGCCUCGGCCUCCAAAGGAAUGGAGGAGGAGGCUCCCUCAGGGUGAGGGGCUUCAGGGAGAGUCUCGCAUGCAAGCAGCAGCAGAAGCAGCAGCAGCAGAGACAGCAGCAGGAGCCCGUGCUGCUGCUGCUGCAAAUGAUAAGGCCAGCGAUGGCACAUCGACACAGACAUCGCCUGCUGCAGCAGCAGCAGCUGCUGCUGCUGCACCUGCCGCUGCUUCUGCGCCCACAGGUCCCGCAAAUGCUUCAGCAGCAUCUGCAGCAGCAUCUGCAGCAGCAUCAGCAGCUCUUGCUGCUGCAAGAAACACCGAAGGUGAUCCCGCAGCAGCUGCUGCUACCUCGCUCGACGAUCAGCAGCAGCAGCAGCUGCUGCUGCAGCAACCGAAGCCUCCACCAGGGGAUUUGCAUGCUAGCUCUGCUGCAGCUGCUGAGACCCCUUCUUUACAUUCAAAGGGAGAGGGGCCCCCAGGGGCCCCUACGAAGACGCACCCACCGCCACCGCCGCCUCCUCCUCCGCAGAAGCAGCAGCAGCAGCAGCAGCAGCAGCAGAAGCAGCAGCAGCAGGAGAAACAGAGGCAGCAAACUCCCGAAGUGUGGAGCACCGACGGCCCUGUAAGCUGCAGCACUUGGGUGCUGCCAGCAGAGAAGCUGAGGGGCCCCUCAGAUAACAGGUUUCUUGUCUCCUCGCCUCCGCAGCAGCAGCAGCAGCAGCAACAGACGGAUAACGGCUGCUGCAGCAUCAAACGCGGCGAUAUGGAUGGAGCUGGGGCUGCUCCCUUCCCCCGCAAAGGGGGGGGCCCCCCUGCUGCUGCUGCUGCUGCAGCAGCAGCAGCAGCAGACGCAGAGGGGGCCUCAGGAGGUCCUGGGGUUUGUCUAGCAGCAGAAACGCACAAGAGGAACAGCCGUAGGCAGGGGGCCCAGCAAGGCUUCUCCGGGUAUAACCAGCAGCAGCAGCAGCAGCAGCAACAGCAGCAGCAGCAGCAGCAGCAGGAAGCAGCAGGAGUCCCCUUUGCGUGCGCUGCCAGGGUUGAGGAGACAGCUGGCGAUGCAGCAGAUUCUAGAGGCUACAAGGCUGCUUCGCAGCAGCACACACAAGAUCAGCAGCAGCAGCAACAGCAGCAGCAGCAGCAACAGCAGCAGCAGCAGCAGCAGCAGCAUGCUGUUGCCUUUGGGGCCAACCAUUUGAAUUACUGCAGGGCCCCCUACGGUGAGGAGUGGGGGCCCUUUUGGGGGCCCCUACCCUACGGUAUGCCUGCAGAUUACGUGUUAGCAGCAACACAGCAGCAGCAGCAGCAGCAGCAGCAGGAAAUGACUGCGUUUGGGCUAGCUAAGCUGAGGAGUCCCCUUGAAGGCUCUACAGCAGCAACAACACCCGCAGGGGUUGUGGGGCCCCCCUACAGCUUUGCUGCGGCUGCUGCUGCUGCUGCUGCUGCUGCUUGCUUCGACCCUUGCUCUUACCUCGGAAGGAUAGCUAUCAUUAGGCAGCAGCCUGGCUUCUGCGAGCUGCUGCUGCAGCACGCCCCCACUUGCUACAAAGAAUAA